AUGCAAUUCCAGAUGGAGAUUGAAAAUCCCCGCAAGAGAUGCCGUGCCGAGCUGGCUCUCGACGACGACCUCGGCAACAGCCAAGGGCGGGUCUACGCGGCCAAACGAGCGCGCCAAUGCGCCGCCAACCUCGACACGAACGCGCCGCCACUAACCGACGCUAGUGGCUUCAAUGCCGCGGUCACUGUUAAAGCCUUUCUAGAAGCCGGACACAGUGUCCGCGAGACAACACGCACCAAGGCGAGCACAAACGCUCUCGCCGAUGCCCUGAAGGAAUACGCAGGCCAACUCGAGUUUGUCGAAGUGCCCGACAUGACCGUCGAAGGUACUUUUGACAACGCUGUGAAAGUAGCCCACCUCGCCUCCCCCGUAGCCCUCACCUUUGAUGACCCAGAGGGCGUCAUCCAGACAGCCAUCGCCGGCGAGCACUAG